GCUGGCAGGGCCAAUCAGCACCGGGCCCGUCAAAAGUCACUCUCAAAACAUUGUACACAGCACAAUAUCCGACCGAGGAAGAGCUUCCACCAAAACUCGCAACUGAAAACAAUAAACCAACCAUUCGUGUCUUGGCAGGGAAAAUCUGUCUAAUUAUCAUCACGUCUGCAUCAGUGACGAUUGGCAUUCCGGAUUCGUCUUUCUUAAUAGCUCAGACGAAAUGAAUCUGUUCCAAACUGCGAUGUUGGUGGUCGUUCUAGUGGCUUUAAUAGACGUAGAGGUAGAGGCUGCUAAGAAGAAGAAGAAGAAAUCCACCAAAAACUCAGCCAAUGCGGAUGUCGAUCUCUUCGAUUCAAAAACAAUGAAAUGCUUGGUUUGUCAGUCUCUCACCGAUGAAUUCUUGACUGCCAUUCACAAGAUCGAUCCAAAGAAAAUGGUCGAUAUCGGCACUUUCCGAAUCAAUGACAAAGGCGAACAAAAGCGAUCUGUGACACCUUUUGCCCGCUCACAAAUUCAUUUGAUGGAGUUGGUGGAUACAGUUUGUAAUGCAUUCGAGGAUUACAUCCAAGGAACGAGUAAGGAGACCAAAGAGCCGCUCAUUAUUCGCCUGACCACGCCUCAGGGUAAUAUGAAUCCGGAUUUUGGCCUGGUGGAUGUCGUUCCAGACGAAGAGCUCAACACGAAGCUUAAAUUUCAUUGUCAAUCCAUUGUGGAAGAAGUGGAAGAAGAUAUUAUCGAGCUGUUGGUGGAUGGGGCCAAUGAUAGCACUUUGAAAGAGCAGAUUUGUGUGGCCAAAAGCAAUCUUUGCAAAAAAGUCAAAAGCAAAGAUGAGCUAUAGCAUUCCAUGACUGAGUGAUAUUGUUACUUCCGAGGCCACGUUGGGAUUCUCAUUUUAUGCACUAUUUUAUCCAACGUUUGAUUUUGAACUUCAAGUGAUCUUAUAUUUUUAUAAUUGAUCUUUAAAUUAGGUUGAUAUUGCUUAAUGUGAAUAAAAUAAUCCUCCUUUAUA